AUAUUUCCAUGAACGAAAAAUACAACGACGAAUGAUGAAGAACAGUAGUAUGAAUAAGCCAGUUACGUUACUAAUCAAUAACGAAGACUACUGUGAAUCUGCAAGGUUAGUGCUUAAUCAGGAAAUACCGUACUCUCAACUCAUUGGUGAUCCUUAUCGAUUUCCUUACAGUUUCUCAGCGUUAUUGAUUAGUUCGGCGGCGUUGGUCUACUCACAUGUUGAGGAGUGGGCAUAUAUUGAAGCGCUCUACUUUUGUUUCAUAAGUUUUGCAACCAUUGGUUUUGGUGAUUACGUGUCGAAUCAGAAAGACGUUACCAACAUAAAUGGCGACGUGUACAGGUGCGUGGCGCUUACAAAAUACGGCCAGGAGAUCCGAGUUGUAGCGGCACCCGUGAAAUCGCUUGCGCAGUACCAGCACUAUAUUCUGAUUCUUAACUGUGGCCGUGCUCAACUAGGUUGCUGUUGUUUCUGUUCUAUGUCUAUUCAACGUGUCGUCGAUCGUCGUACGGCAAUUUUUGAACUUUAUGAUCAAGAAAUGAUUGAAGAGGAGGAUUUGUUGUGUUUGAAAAAGAGGCCGACGAAAUAUAUGGGAUAG